GGCUUGGUUUAGCAAUGCCUCCCCAGUGCGAGCAGAGAGCUUAAAAUAGAAAAACGGGUCCAAACUACAAAUACCAGCAGCUCUCAGCACAGUCGAGAGAGGACCCAGGACACACCUCCCCGAUUUAUUCUAGCAAAUAUUUCUAAGCAUUUUUAUUUUUCAUGUAAUUACAGCCCACAGGAAAGAGCAUUUUGAAAAAUUAUCUCUGCAUUUGCCUUUUGUUUUUCCUUUUGGCUGCUGGUUUGUUUUGUUUUAUUUGGUGGGCAGUCCUUUCUACCUCAUAGCUGAGUGACAGUGAAAGAAGGACCCAAACCUUAUCCUGUUUCGCAGUGGAUUUAGCAGAAAGCAGCUGCAGCAGCCUGGGAGCGACCAUGGAAAAGAUCCUGAAGACAGAAUUGAAAACAUCCGUCCUGAAGGCAUUUGGAAGCUCGGGAGGAGGAUACAUUAGUCAAGGCCAAGCUUAUGAAACUGACAGUGGACGAGUAUUUGUUAAAGUCAACCACAAAUCUCAGGCUAGAAAAAUGUUUGAAGGAGAAAUGGCAAGUUUGGAAGCUAUUCAGAAGACCAAUAUUGUGAGAGUGCCUCAGCCUAUCAAAGUGAUUGACCUGCCUGGAGGAGGAGCAAUGUUUGUCAUGGAGUACCUCAAGAUGAAGAGCCUCAAAAGAUACUGUUCAGAGCUUGGAGAGCAGAUGGCAGAUCUCCAUCUUUAUAACCAGAAACUUGGAGAAAAAUUGAGAAAGGAGGGAAACACAAUUGGUAAAGGAGCAGGUCACUCUGAGUCUCAGUAUGUGGAUAAAUUUGGAUUCCAUACAGCCACUUGCUGUGGUUAUAUAGCCCAGGUGAAUGAAUGGGAGAGUGAUUGGCCUUCCUUUUUUAUUCGCCAUCGACUCCAAGCACAGAUGGAUUUGAUUGAAAAAGAUUAUGGGGACAGAGAAGCCAGAGAACUUUGGUCACAGCUGAAACUAAAGAUUCCUGAAAUGUUCUGUGACGUAGAAAUCGUUCCUGCUCUGCUGCAUGGGGACCUGUGGGCAGGAAAUGUGGCUGAGGACGACUCUGGGCCAAUUAUCUUUGACCCUGCUUCCUUCUAUGGCCAUUCAGAAUUUGAACUGGCCAUUGCUGGAAUGUUUGGUGGGUUUAGCAGCUGUUUUUUCUCUGCCUAUCACAGUAAAAUACCCAAAGCUCCAGGAUUUGAGAAACGAAACAAAUUGUAUCAGCUCUUUAAUUACAUAAACCACUGGAACCAUUUUGGGACGGGGUACAGGGGAUCUACCCUGAAUGUAAUGAAAAAACUCCUAAAGUGACCAGGUAAGCUGAGAAAUCCUGAUAGAGUUCCUUAAUAAGGAACAGCCCCUGCUUAUCAGAAGCAACCCAAACUAGGAAUUAAUGUUAAUGGUCAAAUACCUGAAAGAUAAAAGGCUUAAGUACAGUUUUGAGCACCACUAAACGUUGAGUGACUGUGUAAUUUCUAACUUACUAGUUUACUAGCACAGAAUCAUACCCUGCUGAAGGAAAGACUGCUGUGUUUGUGAAGACUCCACUAGGUUGGAAAAGUAGCAUGACAGUCAGCUUCACCUUACUCUCUGUAGAGAGUCUCUUUUCAUAGCUGCUGUGUUCCAUGGUUGGUUGCACAUUUUGGCUGUGCCUGCUCCUCUAUCAGCAGCUCAUUAUGGAAAGCUACUGCUGUGGGACUGCGGAGCUGGGAGUAUUGACUAGUUCCUUGUGUCUCCCCUUUUUUCGUUCUGUUUUAUUUUUCUGUCUCUCUUUCCAUCCCUUCUCCCAUUUAUAUUUCUGUUCUUUCCAUGUUAAGUGUUCUAAUCCAAAGUUUAAAUCUGAUUCUAUGAAUCUGAAAAUGAAAACAUUCUCUUUUUGAUUUAAAGAGUAGCAAGGCCCUUUAGACUGCACUU